AGCCCAUUUAGGAAUUUGAAAUAAUCUAAAGCCCAAGAAGAGGAGGGUAGAAGAAGAGGAAGCUUAAUCUCUUUCUCUCUCUCCUUGCUCCGAAGCUGUUCUUGGCGGCGAUGUCGGGAACUUUCAGUUUGAACUUUAAUUACGUCUCUGGUUACGCACUUUCAGACAGCAAGUGUUUCUCGAACUCUGCUGUUUCUAGAAGAACACCUGCUGCAUUAGAUCACAAACUUAAUGGAUCUCUGAAGUGUACCCCCAAUAGUAGUUCUUUGGUUUGCCGAGUGAGUUCUGGUGGCUACAGAAGAAACCCUGAUUUCUCAAGGCUUAAUAAGCAUGGAAUAAACAGGCAAAGCGAAGAUAGAGACGGUUUUGAUGGUGAUAACUCUGAUAUGUUGUCUUCAAGAAACGGGUCUUUGCUCUCUCUGUCUAACUCCCCCAAGUUCCAAGCUACUUCAUCCCCUGGGCCAAGAGAGAAAGAGAUAGUGGAGCUUUUCAGAAAAGUUCAAGCUCGGCUCCGAGCUCGAGCAGCGGCUAAGAGGGAAGAUAAAAAGGCACAAGAAGAAGAAGAAGCUUCUAAAGGACGGGGAAAAGAAAGUGAAACUGUUGACUCUCUUCUUAAGUUACUAAGAAAGCAUUCGGGAGAGCAGAGCAAAAAAGUUAACAGUUUUAACAGCCAUGGAGACAGUUCGCUACGAGGAGAUCCUGUGGACAGGAGGCAAGAUCGCAGCGGAGGAAACCUUGUCAAGUCAUGGACCAAAGAUCAUAAUGCAUCAUCAUCAUCAUCAUCCUUUACCAGGCCAGCGUCAAGCUUCAGAAGAAAGUCGCCAGUACCAAGAUUUGAAUCACCUCCUCCGACUUAUUCUAAUGAGGCAACUUUUGAUGAGGCAUCGAGUUACAGCGUGACUUGGACCCAUAAGAAGGAUACAGCAGAGUCGCAUGACGAACCUGAAGACGAACUUCAGGCUGAGAUUGCGCCUGAGUACGACGAACAUGCACCUGAAUAUGAGUCAGAACCUGACCCUGUGGCAGCUAUUCUCGAACCAGAGUCAGAUCUGCAUCUAGACGCAUCAUCAUUUUACCAAGAGGAGGAGCAUAAUGUUACUUUAGAUGCGUUAUCCGAGGAGGAGGAGUCUCUGGAUGAUGCUGAUGAAGAGGUUGAGGAAGAAGCUGUAAAAGACGAGGACUUGAGUACAUUGAAGCUGAUGGAACUGAGAGGCAUAGCAAAAUCAAGGGGACUAAAAGGGUUUUCAAAGAUGAAGAAAGCCCAACUCGUGGAGUUGCUUAGUAGUGAUUCCAGCUGAUUCGACGGUGAAAGAAUCUCAACAAAUAAUAAGAACAUUUACUCUCGUUAGUGACAGUGUUGAAAUGAGUUAAUUUCUGUGUUCUUUCUUUUACCUGGAAAUACUGGCCGUGAUCAUGUUUGUUUACUCAGAUUUUAAACUUUGGUUUUUGAAGAUC